AUGAAAGCGGCAGAGGCCAGAGCUCAGUGCCAACGCAGAUCACCCUGUGUGAGAAUACUCUUGCUAACGGGCCUGGAUAACACCACCAAUGAGGGAUUGGAUAGGUUUAAGUUCUUUCUUCCAGAUAAGUCUAAUGUUGUCACAGGCAAACUACAUACUGCAAACAGAACAGAUGAAGACAGCUAACUUGAUGAUUCAAAACGCUGGCGUGGUGUCUGCAGUGAGGAAGACCAUAUUUUUCAGAAGUUGAGUUGUGUGCUUGUGGCAAAAUGUCUUCAGGAAGAGGAGGAGAGUCCCUCAUCUGGCAGAUCCCUUUCUCUGCCAAGCCUGGGCCUUUCCUUUUACGGCAUUUCUGGGAAUGUAUGUGGGUGAAGGAAGCGGGGGGUGGCCCUAAGCUAUUCAUGAGGGAUCCACCCCCGUGAUCCAGACACCUCCCAUGAGGCCCCACCUCCAACACUAGGGAUGACAUCUUUGUCUCCAGUUCAAUUGCAGUGAACAUGAAUAUGAAAUUUCAAUCUUAACUUCUCAAAACUGCAUUUACAUGGUUUACCAAAGGUUUGAAGAUAAAGGAAAGAAAUUAUAGCACUGAAAAAAAAAAUAAACUGGAUACUAGGUCAUUUUGUUCUUCCACACAGCUUGUCCGUUGUUCUCCCUGCCCCCAGCCUGCUGUGGUCCCAGAGGAUCCUUUCUUCUUCAAGGGAGUCUUGUUAUUCAUACGUCUGCUCUUGUAAAUUCAAGUAUUAUUUAUCCUUCUCUUUCCUUCCAGUAAUGACAAUGUAAGUUGCCCGCACACAAAAACUGUUUUUAUAUUACUGGACAGAUCAUUGAAUGUCUCCAUCUUAUCUGCAUUUCGUUUACAUUUUUAAAUCUAUGUACAAUUGAUAUAUCAUUUAUUUCUGUCUGUAUGAUUAAAAUUGGCCAACAAAGGAGCGUCUCACACAAGGAUCCCCCAAAAUAAGAGCCUCCAAAUGUAACAAUUUAGAGAUUUUUAAGUUCAACUUUUACUGUGUGUGUGUGUGUGUGUGUGUGUGUGUGUGUGUGUGCACGCAAGCACUCAACAUGGAUAACAUGGUUUCUAUGUUCACAUGAUUUCUUUGAAGUCGGGAUGAGACCAUGUAAGUGACGUUAUAUGCCAUAGUUCUAUUCAGAUAUAAACUGUUAGGCAGUAUUUAAGGCGCUUUAGCAAAAGGGCUGGUUGUGUUAUGGAUUACAUUUUCCUAGGUUAUUCAAAGUCAGAAAGUGUAGUGCUUAGGUAUUGCCACAAGGUGGCAGUAACUUCACAUAAUGUGCGGGAGCAACUAACCUGCAGAAAUUAAGUUCCUUUGCAGCUCUAAAUUUCUAUUCUAGAUCACGCCUAGGCCUACUUUGAAAGUAGCAAAUUUAUUUAUUUGUGACCCAUGCUGCCCUUAACUAUCCUUGGAGGAAACCAGUUUUUUGUUGUGUUUUCUGUAGGUUUCAAUUUUCAUUCCUUGUUGAAAGUUCUUUCUGCAUAACCAUUGUUAUGUCUGCACAUGGAGCGCUAUGUAGUAUUCUACCCACCACCUCACCUCAUGGAAGGUAGAGGAGAUCGGGGGAAAUCUUUAAUGAAGACAGUUAAUAAUCACUUUAUGGGAAAGAUCAGUAGAUGGAAAGAGAGAUGACAAAGUAUGAGGACAUUUAAGCCUGGAAAAAGGAAGCUGAGAGAGCUUGUGAUCAAAGUCUAUAAAAGCCCGAGAUUAAAAUAGAAAGUUGAAAAUGAUGAAUGAAAUAAUAAGUGAGAAAUCUGCCCCUGAUUAUUAAGGAAAAAGAUUUACAGUGGGCGUACAUACUCGUUCUCAAAUACUGUGCCCAUGGCUCCUCCCACAUCUCAUGUCCUCACAUUUCAAAACACAACCAUGCCCUUCCAAUAAUCCCCCAAAGCCUUAACUCAUUUCAGCAUUAAUACAAAAGUCCAAGUCCAAAGUCUCAUCUGAUGGAAGGCAAGUCCCUUCUGCCUAUGAGUCUGUAAAAUCCAAAGCAAGUUAGGUACUUCCUAUAUGCAAUGGAGGUACAGGCAUUGGGUAAAUACACCCCUUUGGAAUGGAACAAAUUGGCCAAAACAAAGGGGCUACAGGCCCCAUGCAAGUCCAAAAUCCAAUAGGG